UAUAGGUUAUGUUUAUUUACGUACAUAUAUAUAUAGUAUUGUACAGUAAUGAUAUAGUGUUGGCGGAAGUAUUUUCCAGGGAGUUGAAAGCCAAAGUUUAGGGAUAACAGAACUUUCGAUAUAUAAAUACCAAGUAAAUGGUUCGAAACUUAGUUUCAAAAAGGCCGCCUGCUAAGGGGAAAGCCAGUGUGGCCAACAUUAGGUUCGGUCAAAAUUAAUAACUUAGUAGGUUAUUGCUGCAAAAUUCGAAAAUAUGUUACAAUAGAGCCAAUCACACGCAGAGCCUGGACGAUAGAUUCGGAAAAGCAAGAACUAUGAAAAGCGGUAAGCCACGUGACUUUGACCAAUCAAAGGCAGCAGCCAGCGAUGCAGAUCUCCAAGGCCGAACUAUCGAAAAGCCGCAAGAAUCCGUCCAGGUAGAUGACUGCCAGCAGGAUGCCCAACAAAACCAACAGCAUGACAAGCAAAAGCAAAACCAGGCGCAGGAAAAACAGAACUCAACUGCGGCUGACAACAACGAUGCGGGCCAGGCCAAUAAGGGCGGAUCUGACAAUGCCGGCAGUACCAGUCAAGACCAGGGUCAGGACCAGGAUCAAGAUGCGCCAAAGAAACGCUGUGCCAAAUGCGGCAAAAAGCUGGGACUCACUGGUGGUUAUCCUUGCCGCUGUGGCGGCAUUUACUGCGCCGUCCACCGCUACAGCGACCGCCACGAGUGCAACUUCGACUACCGUGAAAUGGGCGCCAGCGAGAUCCGGCGCGAUAAUCCCCUCGUGGUGGCCAGCAAACUGCGGAAGCUCUAAGUUCAUCCACAGUAUAUCAUCCCAACCAAGGAGCUCAAUCAAAACAUUCAACAUCAAAGCCAUCAGCUUAUUGUAAUUAUACCAGAAGUUGCAUUUAUUGGGAAGGUAUAUCUGCUUUUGUUGUUAAAAACCACACAAAACAUGUACAUAUAUAUAUAAAUUUGUGAUAAUAUAUACUAGUCACAAAUAAUUCAAAUCCGAGUUUAAACUUAAGUUCAGUUGGAAGCUCUUUCGCGAAGUGAUCGAUAACUGGAAGAGCUUUUUGCCGGAGUGGAAGCUAAGUUUGACUAUCAGAAACUUCACAUAUGUAGCGCUGCAAUUUCCGAAUUUUCAAACCAUUUGCAUUGCUAUAUGUACAUGUAUAGGUAAGCAGACACUUUAGUAUAACAAGGCAAGGAAGAGCAUAUCAGGGCUCCUUAAUUUAUGUAUGUACAUAAUGCUCUGAGUGUACACUUUGAAGCGCUGUGUAAUAAACUUUGUUAAAUGUCUUAUAUCUUUGCAGUUAGUAUACGAGUAUAGCAGAUAGGAUGAUAUAUUUCUGGAAAAGAAAUGAACAG